AGACGGUCGGAUCUCCCGACGGCAGUUGGCAUGUCAUGGUAUUACCCCGCCCUCGUCUGAUAACGGAAGAGGUGGCAUGUCGGCCGGACCGACGAUCAUCAACACAAACCGAUAAGCGAUCCGCCGUUCAUUGAGGCGAGGUUGGAAAUUGAACAGCAUUAGGGAAACCUCAGAAGUCGAUCGAAAACUUCGUUCGAGGAUUCUAGUGAUGGCUUCACUCGACAUUACGCAACUCUUUUCGGUCAAGGGCUAUGUGGCGGUGGUGACGGGGGGCAGUAGUGGGCUAGGCCUCAUGAUAGCAAAGGGACUCGUAACGAAUGGUGCCAAGGUGUACGUGGCUGCUUUACCAACUGACCCCAUCGAUGAAGCGGUCAAAGAGCUCAACGAGUUGGGCAAGUCUUCUGGAGGAAAUGCGACAGGUGUGCCUUGCGACUUGUCAUCGCAUGAUGAUAUUAUGAAGCUCGUAAAAUAUGUUCAAGAACGCGAACAUAGCCUUGACUUGUUAGUGUCAAACGCUGGUAUUCGACGCGAUCCACUAUAUCUGUGCAACCUCGAGACUGAUGACAUCCUCGAAUUGCAAGCUUCGAUGCAAUCUUCGAGGCCAUCUGACUGGAAAGAUACCUUUUCUAUCAAUGUCGCAGCGCACUAUUACCUGGCUGUCGCGUUCCUUCCCUUACUGCAUUCUGCAGCUUGCCAUGGCGGUGACGACGGCCCCGGUAGUCGUCAAGGACGCGGCGCCGUGAUAAUCACGAGCUCAUGUGCCAGUAUGCACAAUGUUACGAAUGUUGAUCUGACGAGCUACGCGGCAAGUAAAGCUGCUACGGAUCACCUAGUGAAGCUUCUGGCCGCCAAGUUCAGAAAUUUCUAUAUCCGAGUCGUGGGGCUGAAUCCUGGAUUCUUCCCAAGUCGUAUGAAUCCUGUUGGAGAAGAAGGCAAUGUAUUUAGUGCCUUGUUCGACAAGGUUCCUGCCAAAAGAGCUGGCCGAGAAGAAGACAUCGCCGGUGCGGUGAUCUAUCUUGCUAGCCGAGCCGGGUCGUACGUUGACGGCAUAAACUUAUGCAUUGACGGCGGCCGCAUCCUCGUGGCGAAUGGGCAGGAAUGAAGGCGCAAUCAUGAUGGGUGCAUGGUCAAUCGUAUGAUAGAUAGGAUUAAAUUAUUCGGUCGUUCAUUACUAUAUACAUGUAUACUUCACAGAAUUGCGCCCCCAUCAAACGCAGCCUUAGCAGAAGC